GUGUGUGUUGCUGUCUGUUUGGGAGAGCCAUUGUUUUAGCCGCAAGCAAUUUUUACUUUAAAGUUUACCUUUUUAAAAUAGGCUACUUAUUUAAGUUUAUUUUCAAGACAUUUUAAAGUUGACAAGUGAUCUGACAACUAAUUAUAACUAAAGGUAGAUUUCGGUCAAAUUGGGAUCGACUUCUAUUUGGGCAAAUAGCCCAGAUCUAUUGAAAUCGCAUUGUGUUGGCACUUUUCAUGCAUAGUCUAUUCAUGAAAUUAAUUAUCUUGAAUUUGAGGGAUGUUUAAUAAUUUCAGGCUAGCCUACACCACCAACUGCACAUCUAUAGGCCUAAUUUGUGUUGGUUGAAUGAUUGGCUCGGUAAUUGAUUGGCGCCAUAAUUUCAUUAUUCAUUACAUUACCAUAUUGCACGUGCAUUAGCGAGAAAUUAUAUUCCAUAAUAUUGUGAAUGAAGUGCAUCUCACAUGGUCACAUAGAAUAAAUGUGCCGUGCAUCCAUGUGUUUCUACGCGGGAGCCAUGCAUUUGUGGCUAUCGGGGAGGAUUUAUAGCCUAAUCGUGAUGAAUCCCCGUGGUGGCACGCGCAGGUCUUCGUAAUUAUGGCAGUCGUUCUAACCGAGAGGGGAGAGAGAAAAAAAACACCCUGAUAGGAGGCAUUUUAUCUUCAUCACUGGACCGCUCAAUUCCAAUUAAUUUGACAAGAUUUCCCUCACGCGAAGCGCAAAUCCCUAUUAAAAGACGCAUACUGUAAAUGACAACCCUCUAAACGCUUCGCGUGUCCGAAUGAAAUGGAAGAGGAGAGAAAGGGAACGACAAAAGGUUAAGACGCAGCUUCCCGGAGUUAUUUCCCGGCAGAGCGCCCUAAGCCACAGUCAUUGGCCCUAAGCCAGCCCCCUCCCGAGUGCUCCUAGUGUUUCUAUAGUAAUUUCUAACCAAUGAUCAGUAGGUGUCCACAUCCUAGCUUCCUCACCUCAGCACCAAUCAGCCACACACAGCGACAGGAGACAGCACGGAGCUAACACUAGGCAGCCACACACAAUACACCUCGGACCAAGCAGAGGAAACACCUACAACGCACCGUUAUUUCCCCCCUACAGCGCGGUGGUUUUAUAAUAAUAAACCGGUUUUUUUUUCUAAAAAGCUCGAUAAGCUAUCGCUUUAAGUUUGCUAUUUUUUUGUACUUUUUUUCUCAAGCCAGGAAAAUAAGUCUGUAAACAUGCUCCUUUUGUUUUGAGCGCUCUUUUUCAGUGUGGCUGUGCUCUUCCCACAUCCUCGCGUUAUUUUAUAUCUCCAUCGCGCCUUGCGGUAAUGUGCCGCUCUGUGUUGGCAGCAGACUGCUAGGCGUCUGGAAUCUCUUCUCGCCAGGAACCUGGUAGUGCUGGAGGAGACAGAAGCAGGAUGGUAACAUAUUGUUGGUGGUAACCAGCAGCUUCUAGUUUGACGAAGGCCACCGUUGACGGCGACCCCGGACUCUUCCCCAGUGAACCCUGCUCAACUGUCCCCCAGCCAUGUCUAAUAUAAACAAUGCUCUCUGCAUUGAGAACGGACAGAACACAGACGUGUCUCUCUUACAAAAGGAUAACCUUCAGAACCUGCAGAACCUGCAGAACUUGCAGAACCUCCAGGAUGGUGGAUUAAGCCAACUUUUGGAUUAUAACGCCGAGAUGGAACGGUACCGCUCUUUCGCAAACUUUUACAAAACCAACGGCGCGUUCGGCCAGACGGCCAAGAUCGCCCGCAUCACGACCCCCAUUUUCCCCAGUGCCCGGAUAGGCAUGUCCCCGUGGAACUGCGAUAACGCCAUGCUCUGGGGGAGGAAAUCGGCCACAAUAAACCCUAAUAGGACCAGCAUGCACAGGAAUGACUCCCAGAGGCCGGGGAAGCAUGGCGUGCCGCCAGAAACGCUACAGCAAAUGGCAAAUAAUAAUUUCCUCUCUACCUUAUCCCCCGAACACUGCAGACCUUUAGCGGGAGAAUGCAUGAACAAGCUGAAAUGCGGCGCCGGCGAAGCAGAGAUAAUGAAUCUCCAGGAACGUGUCGGAACUUUUUCCGCCAUUCCGGCUUUAGGGGGCAUCUCAUUACCUCCCGGGGUCAUCGUCAUGACAGCCCUUCACUCCCCCGCAGCCUCGGCAGCCGUUACAGACAGUGCGUUUCAAAUUGCCAAUCUGGCAGACUGCCCACAGAAUAAUUCCUCUGCGUCCGGCGGGAACCCGGCGAAGAAGAAAAGGAAGCGGUGCGGGGUGUGCGCGCCCUGCCGGCGGCUAAUCAACUGCGGCGUGUGCAGCAGUUGUCGGAACCGUAAGACGGGCCACCAGAUCUGCAAGUUCAGGAAAUGUGAGGAGCUGAAAAAGAAACCCGGCUCGUCGCUGGAGGUAGGUCCGUGUUUUCCUAGACUGGUCCCUGAUCUGUUGACAAAGACCUUAGGCGUUGGCUAUACAGCCUGGGACCAGAGGACACCAGUCAACAAUGGCGAGGCAUUCCGGUGGUUCUUUUAGAGCGCCCGACCUUAGUGACAUCAACACGCGGUCAGAGGUCCAGUUAGAACUCUGAUGACAUCACUGCAGGAAGCACUGGGGGUUCAGAGAACCCAAACAACCUCCCAGUUUUUAAACCAGGAGGCAGAAACUCUAAAAAGAUGAAACGAUAAACAUUAUGGUGUUGGUUUAACUCUGUAAUUUCCUUUCCUGUGUAAUUAUUGUACCUUUUGACAGUAUCAUAAUGUCUAUUUUCGGUGUAUAUGAAUGUGUUUCAGUGUUGUUUGGCUGUAAAUUUUACAGUCAAUCUUAUGUAAAGGACUCAAUGGACAAUCAUCACCAAUACGUCAACAACAAAGAUGGCCGCUGCUGGGAUUGAUCAUGUGAUCGUCACACACAACCUUGGAGCAAUAAUCUUUAAAGUUGAUUGUUCUGCUUGUGUUUUCCCUUUAUUUCCGUUUUCAAAUUAUUAUAUCGAAGCUGAAUUAUUUUUUAUAAAAUUUGUCAUUUUUGUUUAAUGCUUGCAUUCCCUGUUUGUGUGUGUGCGCGCCUCUGACUGAGGGAAACUAUAAGGUCCUCCUUGGUAAAUGUGAUGUAUCAUAUAAGUGACACACAAUGCCAGAGAGAACGGCAUUAUUAUUUAGAUGCUUUCAUUUGGGGUUUCUUUCAGUUUUUGUCCAGCACGUUACGAAACAGGGCACAUUGUCUUGUGUAGCGAGUUGUACUUUUUUGGAAAACAAAAAAGGAGCAUCGUUGUGUUACAGUUACUGCACAAAGGGGUGGUUGUGUUACAGUUACUGCACAAAGGGGUGGUUGUGUUACAGUUACUGCACAAAGGGGUGGUUGUGUUACAGUUACUGCACAAAGGGGUGGUUGUGUUACAGUUACUGCACAAAGGGGUGGUUGCGAGCCAGACUGUUUCUCUUUGGUUUUGAUACGCUUCAAAGAUGGUGUUAUGAUUCGCUAUUUCAUGUAACUGUCUUGCCACCUCCUGACCAUCCUCUGGUUUUUGUUUGAAAUACAAAGGUCAUCUUAUAGGUAACACUAUACUUAAAUCCUGCAGGUAUAAUGCCUCAUUACUUAUAUCCUGCAGGCAUAAUGCUUUAUUACAUGUUUAUUAGCAGGUAUAAUGCUUCAUUACUUGUUAUUAGCAGGUAUAAUGCUUCAUUGCUUGUUUAUAAGCAGGUAUAAUGCUUCAUUACUUGUUAUUAGCAAGUAUAAUGCUUUAUUACUUGUUUAUAAGCAGGUAUAAUGCUUCAUUACUUGUUAUUAGCAGGUAUAAUGCUUCAUUGCUUGUUUAUAAGCAGGUAUAAUGCUUCAUUACUUGUUAUUAGCAAGUAUAAUGCUUUAUUGCUUGUUUAUAAGCAGGUAUAAUGCUUCAUUACUUGUUAUAAGCAUGUAAUGUCCGUUACAAUGUCUUAUGAGGUUUAUGAUAUAUACUUGCAGACUAAGUAAAGUGUUACCGGUUAUUACACCCACGCUGUCUAAAAGGGAGUUAUUAAUAAUACUAGUAAAGGAAUUCUGAGGUUAAAUGAACAUGAUUCAAAUGGAAUAUUACGUCAACAGUACAGUUUACAUGUCUGACAACAGUUGUAUACAUUAUAACUGAUAUAUGUUGACUGUGAGUGUCUGUCUGACUACAGUUAUUCUGGAAGUACGGGACUGUCCAUACCUUUCUCCUGCAGAGACCACAUGACAACAAAUGUCUGUUGAGCUGAAGCAAGAAGUGAACACAUUCCAAAAACGACUCCAAUUAUUCAAUAAAUGACUCAUCGUCUUCAAAACCCUAUUGUUGCAUGUGUAAAUGUGUUUUGGUUUUAAAGAUUAACAAGAAUUUGUAUAUUGUUGUUGUGAUGCUUUUAUGUGUUAAAAUAAAAAAAAAGGACUAAAAACAAA